CAUCUGUUUCAUUCCCGAACAUCCGGCGAUGCAAGCGCGUGAAAGCGUUUGUUACCUUACUCUGAUCGCGUAUAAAAGCCAACCUAUGCGACCCAGAAAACACUAUCAACCAUGAAAUUCACUUCGCUCACCACAAUUGUCAUAUCUGCCGCAGCGAUGGCAGGCAUAGCUAUCGCGUCUGAUUCAAAUACAACACCGCAUGGUAAACCCUGCAAGCCCAAUAAUACAUAUCAGUGCGGAUCAGGCCUCAACGGCUUUAACAAUGGGAGGGAUUACGCGUUUGUCUGCGGACAAGUCGGAAAAAUUAUAGCCUACACGCAGUGUCCCUGCGUAGAUUGCUGUAAGGCCACUGCUAAUGACGCCAAGUGUCACUACUGACCAGAAGUAAAGUGAGCCUGUCUUUCCCUACUGCCCUUCGAGCUCGAGUAUUAAUGUUGCUCACAAGAGGGCGUGAACUUUU